UUCAGUAAUUGCAUUUUGUGCAGGUAUUGUUUUGUGGAGAAUCUCCUCCGCAACAACGUGUUGGCGCCCCCGAGCUACGCAGUUCUGGAUGAGUGGUUUCAGUGGAUUGUAAAGAAUUUUGACACUCAUGGAGAUCUUAUUGUGUACCUGAGGACGGAGCCAGAAGUAGUCUACCAGAGGAUGAAGGCGCGAGCUCGCACCGAGGAGGCCCAAGUGCCGCUAGAGUAUCUGCAGCAGCUGCACCAGAUGCAUGACGACUGGCUCCUACACAAGAGUGCUUUUCUCCUGUCCCGCACCGGUGAUUGUGAUUGACGCCAACAAGGAACUGUCCGACAUGAUGGAGGAGUAUGAGAGAUGCGAGUCAGCAAUGAAGACCCGAGGUUCCAUCUUUACCACGAAGACUUGCUCGCCGAGGAAGUCUGCUUCUUUAUUCCGAAGUGCUGUUCCACAGUCCCCAUCUAAACUAGUACUAUAACCUGUGAUCUCAACACAAGCGUUUAUAACUAUUUAAUGAAAAUUUGGUUAUUGCAGUGUGUCGUUUGUGCCAUAAAAUGGUGACUGGUUGAAUGUAUACCAUAUUAAGAACACUUGGAUCUAACUGAUCGUUCCAGUCUAAAAACGAUGUUGAUGUCAAGAACAUCCUGAAAAGUAUAUUAACAGUCCAAUAUUAGUUUACUCCAUUUAUUGCAUUUUGAGUUGCUACGUUCGUAUACAUAACAGUAAUCUAUUCAUGAAAGAAGUAACCCUGUUUAAUUUCUCGCAUUAAGAUGAUUAAAUUUGAUUUUUCUUAUCAAGGGUGUCUUUAAAUAGACAAAAAUAUGUCAUCAGUCUUUUAGGGAUUAUUUCUGAAAGUGGAAGUUCUUUAACUCCUGAACAUACUUUGAGGAACCAUUCUAGCAUUUACUUAGAGAAUGAGAGCCGUUAAAGGUAACUUCAAUUUGAACCUUCUCACUGUAAAACAUGUUGUACUUUAUUAUCCGGGCAAGCUGAUCAAAUAAAUUACAUUCCUGAGAUUUUAUUAAAAGUAUUUGUAAUUUUGAUCCAUAUUGUUGAUCCAAUUAUCUAUUUUGUUGUCACUGGGGAUAUGUUAUUUUAAUCAAUAGUAUUUUGUCACUGGGGAUAUGUUAUUUUAAUCAAUAGUAUAGACUUUAGUACUAUUCCGGCUAAUUCUAAAUAGUUCUAUUAAUUUUCAAUAUUCACUAUUCAGUGUGUUUUUUUAUUGGAGUUUACAAUUACUUGAUAGUUUGGUUUCUAUUUUUUCAGUAACAAAACAAUUCAAAAGUUAAGUAGAUUCUUUCUGUAUUAUUUAAAAAUAACGGAACCAGAAACUUAACAAAAAUUUUUGUGAUAAAGUUGCAUAUUAGAGAAUAGAGCUUUAUUUUGUUAAAUAGACAAAUAAGUUUAAAAUAAUUUUGAGGGUUACCGAAAAUAUUGUAAAAAAAAUUGUUACCUUACUGUACUGUACUUUUUUCGGAAAUAGUACUUUUAAGCCAUUAUAUUUUAGAUAUUGUUUUUAUUCAUAUAAUGUCUAUUACGACUGUGAAUUAUUGUUUUAUCAAUUAUUGUAUUGUAAAAAAUAUAAGAUUUAAUCUCCAUUAUUUUGUAUGUUAAACAUGUUUAUAUAUUUAAUAAAGCUGAAUAGCAAUGUGUCGUCUUUAGACUGAA